AUACAUGAUGUCGUAAGGUAUAGAUUGCAUCGGAUGAAGAAAAAGUUAAAGGAUGAAUUGGACAGUAGGAAUACCAUCCAGCAGUACAUAUGCCCUAAUUGUGGUAGAAGAUAUUCAGCGUUUGAUGCACUGCAACUUGUAAGCAUGACUGAUGAGUAUUUUCACUGCGAAAGCUGUAAUGGUGAACUUAUUGCUGAGAGCGACAAACUUGCUGCUGAUGAAAUGGGAGAUGGAGAUGAUAAUGCCAGGAGGCGAAGAAGAGAAAAGUUAAAAGAUAUGCUUCAAAAGAUGGAG